CUGGAACUGACUUCCGCAAUCCUGAUGGAAUAAAUCUAGCGCCCCUAGCCAUCCGCCCACAUUAUCCACACUUCCUGCCGAAACCAGCCCAGAGAACAGCUCCCCAUCAACAGGAUGUGGGGGCUCAAGGUUCUACUGCUGCCCAUGGUAAGCUUUGCUAUGUACCCUGAGGAGAUACUGGACACCCAAUGGGAGCUAUGGAAGAAGACCUACGGGAAGCAGUACAAUAGCAAGGUGAAUGAAAUCUCUCGGCGUUUAAUUUGGGAAAAAAACUUGAAGUAUAUUUCCAUCCAUAACCUUGAGGCCUCUCUUGGUGUCCACACAUACGAACUGGCCAUGAAUCACUUGGGGGACAUGACAAGUGAAGAAGUGGUUCAGAAGAUGACAGGACUGAAAGUACCCCUUUCUGAUUCCCACAAUAAUAACACCCUCUAUAUCCCAGACUGGGAGAGCAAAGCCCCAGACUCCAUUGACUAUCGAAAGAAGGGAUACGUUACUCCAGUCAAAAACCAGGGUCAGUGUGGUUCCUGUUGGGCUUUUAGCUCUGUGGGUGCUCUGGAGGGCCAACUCAAGAAGAAAACUGGGAAACUCUUAAAUCUGAGUCCCCAGAACCUGGUGGAUUGUGUAUCUGAGAAUGAUGGCUGCGGAGGGGGUUAUAUGACCAAUGCCUUUCAGUAUGUGCAGAAGAACCGGGGCAUUGACUCUGAAGAUGCCUACCCAUACGUGGGACAGGAUGAAAGUUGUAUGUACAACCCAACAGGCAAAGCAGCUAAAUGCAGAGGGUACAGAGAGAUCCCUGUAGGGAAUGAGAAAGCUCUGAAAAGGGCAGUGGCCCGAGUGGGACCCAUCUCUGUGGCCAUUGAUGCAAGCCUGUCCUCCUUCCAGUUUUACAGGAAAGGUGUGUAUUAUGAUGAAAACUGCAACAGUGAUCUUCUGAACCAUGCAGUUUUGGCAGUGGGAUAUGGGAUCCAGAAGGGACAUAAGCACUGGAUAAUUAAAAACAGCUGGGGAGAAAACUGGGGAAACAAAGGCUAUAUCCUCAUGGCCCGGAAUAAGAACAACGCCUGUGGCAUUGCCAACCUGGCCAGCUUCCCCAAGAUGUGACUCCAGCCAGCCAACUCCAUCCCACUCUUCCAUUCCUUCCAUGAUGGUGUAUUGUAUUGAUGUACUUUGGAAGGGAGUUGGUGUGCUUUUCCUGAAGCAGAUGUGUUGUUUCCCUAUUUGUUUGUGCUUCAGGUAAUGCUCCUACUACUUCCUUCUCUUCACCAAGGCUACAGUAGGAAUUUUCCUGACAGGUGUGCACCCUUAGGCUAAGAGAUGUGAUCACAGCCUGCUCUGACUGUGUUAUCCUGGGGGUGAUGCUGUGCAGACAGUUACAGCCUAGAGAACUUCAGAUAGGUUAGAUUCUCAUUCACUGGGACUAGGUAGCUUUAAAAACCCUAGAGGACUAAGGUUACCUGACUUCUCAGUUCCCAAGCCCCCUUUUUCUAUAUCAUCAAGGUGAAAAAUUCUGCCCCUCCAAUUCAAAAAUCUAUUCAUAAAUAUUUGGUACAAAUCUGCAUGAUAUCAGAAAUGUGUUUUCUUUUUCUUCCUUUGCAUUUUUUUAAAUAAAACAAGUAUUUAUCUCAUCUUCAAUUUAAUAAAUAGCUAUUUAAUUAACAUUCA